AUGCCUCGGAGACGAAAGCCGCCUCGUGCUGGCGCCCUGACGGAGCUGCAACCCCUCAAGCUCGCCACGCAGAUCGCAACGCUCCAAGCCCUGUACUAUGUGACGGCCAGUGUGCUCUUGCUCUUCACGGCACUCGUCGCGGGCACGGGGUUCGGCCUAGACAUGGUCCUCGGAUGGGACGGCGUGCGCGGCGACACCACCCACGGCUGGCUGCUGUCCUUUAUCUGGCUCGUGGACGGGGGUCUCUUCAUGGCCGUGGCCAUUGUCGUGCUCAUCGCGAGAAGCAAGCUGGUCGUCGAUUUCGCCCUCACCAUCCACCUGCUCCACCUCGUCGCCACGACGCUGUACACGCGGUCGCUGCCCCGACACUCGCUGUGGUGGAUGACCAUGGCCGGCUCGGCCGCCCUCUCCGUUGGCCUCGGCGUGUGGGGGUGUCAGCACCGCGAGCUGCAGUCCGUCUUCUUUGGCGGCGGGAGGAUCCUCGGCGCUGGGGCUGCUGCCGCGCCAACCAAUAGCCAGAUUUCGGCGGAAGAGGGCCAAGCGGGAAUCGCUGGCGACGGAGAUGAUGAUGAUGAUGGUGGUGGUGGUGGCGGCGACGACGACGCUGGCUACAUGAGGGGUCGCGCAAGGGGCCGCGGCAAAGACGGCGCGGGGGAGUACGAGAUGGUGGAGAUGAAGCAGGCGCCGUGA